AUGGUCGUACAUGUACUGGGAAAAGCCUUCAAAGGUAAAGAAGUGGUACGCAUAGCAUUGGCUUCCAAGUUUUAUGGUAUAGGCUCUAGGACUUCUCAAUUGAUUUGCUCUAAAUUGGGAUUCUAUCCCUGGAUGCGAAUGCAUCAAUUAUCAGAGUCACAAAUUCUGAAUAUAACGAACGAAUUGUCCAAGAUCACCAUUGAGGAUGAUGCAAGAGCAAUUGUCAGACAGAAUAUUCAAUUGAAGAAACGUAUUGGUUCGUAUCAAGGUCUGAGACAUGCGUUACAUUUGCCUGUUCGUGGUCAAAAUACAAAGAAUAAUGCAAAGACCGCAAGAAAACUGAAUAGAUUAGAUAGAAAUGGUUAA